ACUAGUGAGAUUGCACCAAGAGAUCAAAACAGGCCAUCAAUUGAGACAUUUCGAAGUUAGACUAACCGAAAGGCAUGCUGUGACAUAUGGUUUCGACGGUUUCAUUAUAGCCAGAUGUAGAAAAUUCGAUCAACAAAUAGGAAUGGCCCUUCCUCAUCACCGAUACCUUGGAGGUGUCCAGAAAGCCUAUAUCGACCCUAUUGCAAAACACAUAAUAUCCUUGGGAAGAGACGAUGUUCUUGUAUGUACUAACUUAGUCGAUAAUGAAGUCGAUGAGGAUUGGAAACAAUCUCUGGUGGCUUUGAAGAAUUCGACUAGGUACGCCCUCAUGUUCAAGAGGCCGACGAUUGGGUUCAAACCAGAAGGAAGAUUCAAAAACAAAACCUGGGUAGAAGUGAACGAUAUCUUGAAAUAUGAAGAAGACGAAUUGGUAUCUCGAGAAAAGAAGACUGCAAUAAUUACGGAAUUCAACAAUAUCAAAUCCGUUCUCAAUAAACUGGUAACGGAAAACAUUGAAGGUCCCGAGAACCAGAAGAUCGAUCUUUUGGAAUUUUACCUGGACACCACGUCCUUCAACCAGAAAAAGCUGAAGAACAAAGAGGACUGCAAACGAGAGGAGAUCUAUUUGAAAGCUCUGAUCGAAGCUCAGGACCGAGUAUCCCAGCAUCUAUUGAAAACCUAUUUGGAAGCGAUGGGAUCACCAGCCAAAAUGAUACGGGGGAUGUUUCAAAAUGUCAUUGCCACCAAUUAUACCAUGCUGCCUGUCGAUCCGGUGAGAAACAGGAGGCUUGCUUGGGUCGAAGAGCAGAGAAAGGUUGAAACAUUUUUGUCUGUUAAGGAUACUUUCGAACCAUGGGUGAUCAUCAAGAGGGAGACACUAGCCAGUAGGCUUUUGCAGCCAUUGAAGUUAACCACUAAGGAUUACAGUACUAUGUCGGCUAGAACUCUCCUUGAUGAAUCUCCAGUUAGUCGCUUGACGGUAGACUCACAAAUCGCUUACUACGGCACAGUUACUCAACUUUACGUCGAAAGAAACCUGGAACAUUAUAGGCAGAGGCAGAUUGUUUCGUUCUAUCAGUGUGAUCUUCAACAAACGAUGACAGAGGCUGACGUUGUUAAAAUUAAACUGGUAUUCAAUGAAUCCUUCGAUAAACUGGUGGAUAUGAAGUACCGCGAAUUGGAAGUCGUCAAAGAAAAACACAAGCGCCUUCGACACAUUAUAUCCGAGUACAAUUUCUUCUCCACGGACAAAAUCGUCAUGGAUAUCGUGGACCCAGAAUGGACACAAGAAGAAGAACCGUGGAGGAUAGCAACAGUGGAAGACAAAGAGUUGGCCAUCACGCCUUAUGUUAGCCCGAGCGAACAGGCCAUUCUGGAUGCUGCUGCAGCUGAAGAAGAAAGAAUCAGGCUGGCGCUGCUCGCGGAUGACUUUAGAGAACGAGCCCUCAUGACUAUGAUGAAUGGUGUGCUGGAGAUAAAGUGGGAGGAUGAACUGAAGAAGGAUGUACCGUUGCCUAAAUGUAUGAUAGAAAAAGACCCCGCUCAAUUCAAUGAAGAAGAUUUACGAACAAUUCGCGAAUAUGAGGAAAAAGUUGUGUUCCUCAACAGUGAAAGAGAAAGAUACAAAAAUAUAUUAGACACCGAAUUCACGAAAGCGUCAAUAGCAGUUCGAGAUACUAUAAGAAAAUUCAACCAGAAAGUGAAGGAUACUAUGAACUACAAAAUGUUCAUUGAUUCUGGAAUGAACCAAGAGAAUCUCAUCGUUAAUCGAGCCAGGUUGAACCAAAACGAAAGAAUCAAGUUAUACAGGAGGGAGGAGGAAAUAGA